AUGGCCACCGAGCAGCGCGCCGAGCCCCUCCGCCUGGGCAGCAUUGCCCCCAACUUCAAGGCUGAGACCACCGCCGGCCCCAUUGACUUCCACGAGUUCAUCGGCGACAAGUGGGUCAUCCUCUUCUCGCACCCCGAGGACUACACUCCCGUCUGCACCACCGAGCUCGGUGCCUUCGCCAAGCUUGAGCCCGAGUUCACCAAGCGCGGCGUCAAGCUGAUCGGUCUCUCGGCCAACACCAUCGAGAGCCACGGCGGCUGGAUUGCCGACAUCAACGAGGUCACCGGCAGCAACCUCACCUUCCCCAUCAUCGGCGACAAGGAGCGCAAGGUUGCCUACCUCUACGACAUGCUCGACCACCAGGAUGCGACCAACGUCGACUCCAAGGGCAUUGCCUUCACCAUCCGUUCCGUCUUCGUCAUCGACCCCAAGAAGACGAUCCGCACCAUCCUCUCGUACCCCGCCUCGACCGGCCGCAACUCGGCUGAGGUGCUCCGCAUCGUCGACUCGCUCCAGACGGGCGACAAGAACAAGGUCACGACCCCGAUCAACUGGGUGCCCGGCGACGACGUCAUCGUCCACCCGUCGGUCAAGACCGAGGAUGCGCAGAAGAUCUACCCCAACCUCAAGAUCGUCAAGCCGUACCUGAGGUUCACUCCCCUGCCCAAGGAGCAGACCAGCGCGAACGUGUAA